GAACUACGGCCGAUAGAUAGAUCGCUCGUAGCGCACGGAAAGCCAUUCGGAAGCCGGGGCUAAAACAGAUUCUCGGCCGAUCGUCCGCCGUAUUCGUGUACGUUCUUUUUCUUUUUUUUCAGUCCGCGCCUAAUCGGUGGCCAGCUCCAAUCAGGCAGCAUUUGAUCGAUAAGCGCGUAUUAUCGAGCACAGAUCUGAGCGUGGACGGCGCUGGACGAGGAUAAACGGAGCCGAUCGUCGCUCGAGAAAUAGAGUUGGAGUGACGGAGACCGUUCGAGCGACGAACACUGCGAAGACGAGGAUCGCCGCGAAGAUAGAGAGUAGGAGGGGAACAAGGCAUUGAGCGAUCGCAAGAGAGGCAGAAAAUGUGCCAGCUUGAUAACAGCAACAGGGUCGAUAGUGGGGAUUCGAUCGGGUCAGGAGGAUUCGAACACGGUUUCGUCUCUGUCGCUUGUCGGCGGUGACACCAGUUCGGCAAGGAUACCGUACGUUUUCGGACACGAAGUGUGCGUUCACCGCGAGACCGUGCUUCAUCGCGAGAGAUCACUUCCGAUCGGCCACCGAUCGGAUCCAGCUCCACCAGGAUCCAGGAGUCGCUCGGCGGUCAUCCUCCCCCGUUGCUGGCUUGGUGGCCGCCUGCUGCUGCACCACGGUGUCUCCUCUCACGCGGGUAGAAAGGCUGUGUUCGAGCGCCGUGAUCGAGGGCUCCGAUCGCGAAGGAUCGGAUCGUGGGGGAGGAAUCCGCUCUGACCCGUCGCCGAAACAUGGAGAACACGUGACCGUGGACCGGAAGUCGCGACAGCGGGACCAGGAGCGGCGAGGAAGGUGGUUCGACGGGAAAAAGCGAUGCCAAGGGCCGCGGGAACGGCGGAGGUACAUCAAAAACUUGCGAGCACCGAUUGAGGUCAGACGGGUCUCCCGAGGUUUUGUUGAGCGAUCACCGCCGUCCUAGAGGACCAUGAAGAACAACAGCAGCAACCACGAGAAGAACGGGCCGGAGAGCCUGAAGCUGCUGAGGGUGCCGAGCACGCCGCCGACCACGCCGACAACGCCCACCACUCCCAGCUCGAGGGGCCUCGAGGACGUGUUCAAGGAUCUGCCCCUUACCGACGACACCUCCUGCGGAUUCUGGUUCAUACGCGGGCCCAUAUUGCAGAGAUUCGCCAACAAAAAGGCCUACGUGUUUCUGUACGGCGUGCUUGGCUGCAUUUUCUCGGCCAGUUACGCGUAUUUCAACGGCACCAUCACCACCAUCGAGAAAAGGUUCAAGAUACCUUCGAAGACCACAGGUCUGAUCACAGUGGGCAAUGACAUCUCGCAAAUGUUCGUGUCGGUGGUCCUGUCCUAUUACGCAGGAAGAGGUCACAGGCCCCGAUGGAUCGCGUUCGGCAUUUACACCGUUGUCCUCUUUUGCUGUCUGACGAUGCUGCCGCAUUUCUUGUACGGGCCCGGCGAGGACGCUCUUUUGCUCACCAAAGAGUACGGGGCGAAGCCGCACACCACGAACACGAGUCAUGUACCUGACAAACACCGGAAGUUCCUAUGUCUCGAGAAGGAUAGCAGGGAGAACGAGUGCGAGGACGAGGAAGGGAACUUCGCGCCCCAAGCGCUGUUGUUCAUAGCGCAGCUGGUGUCCGGGGUCGGGGGCUCGCUUUAUUACACUCUGGGAGUGUCUUACAUGGACGACAACAUCAAGAAAUCGAAGACACCGGCUUUGAUCAGCUUCUCCUAUUUUCUGAGGAUGCUCGGCCCGGCGAUCGGCUACGGCAUCGCCUCGUUUGCCCUCAAGUUUUACAUCAGCCCGACCUUGACGCCCACCAUCACCACGCAGGAUCCAAGGUGGCUGGGCGCUUGGUGGCUCGGUUGGAUCAUUCUGGCAAUCCUGCUCUUCAUCUUCGCGAGCGUGCUCGCCUUGUUCCCGAAGACUUUGCCUAGAGCAGCAGCCCGCAAAGCUUUAGCUUCCGAGCGGAACAAGUCCGCGACCAACAUGGAGGCGGACCAAGAACCGGAAUUGCCCGCCUCCCUCUCCGACAUGAUCCGGACGUUCAAACGUCUCCUAACGAACACGACCCUGAUGUGCAACAACUUGGCGACCGUGUUCUACUUCAUGGGGUACAUGCCCUACUGGAUCUUCAUGCCCAAGUACAUCGAGACCCAGUACAAACAGUCUGCCUCCGUUUCAUCGUUGAUCACCGGAACGGUCGGCCUGGUCUUCAGCGCCUUUGGCAUCCUCCUCUCCGGCCUGGUCAUCUCCAAGUACAAGCCGAAGGCCAGAUAUUUAGCCGCGUGGAACGUGAUGGUGGGAGCUAUAUCGGUUAUGGGGAUGAUCUCGUACGCUUUCCUCGGAUGCUCCGCCAACGACAAUCAAAUCGCUGUGCAACCGGACGGCGCGCUCAAGACUUUGCUACCCUGCAACGAACAAUGCCACUGCGACUACGUUACUUAUAAUCCAGUCUGCUCGGAGGAUGGCCAGACCUUCAUCUCUGCUUGCCAUGCCGGCUGUCGAAACUUGAAGGUGCAGGGCAACGGCCAGAAGAUGUACACGGACUGCAGUUGCAUCAAGCCGAAGUUCCCGCAUUCAUUGGCGCAUUUAUACGAAAACGACACGUUCGUGUACACAACCGAUAUUCCGUUUGAGACCGGCACGCCCGACGCACCACCGCCGCCGAGUUUAGGCACCGCGGUUCCGGGCGCCUGUCCCGUGGAUUGUAUGCACAAGUUUUACGUAUUUCUCGCUGUGGUCUGCCUCCUCAAGUUCAGCGGCGCCACUGGAAGAGCCUCGAACUUUUUGGUGUCCGUCAGAUGCGUCCACGAGAAGGACAAGACGGUGGCCAUGGGCUUCGGAUUGACUAUUAUGAGCUUGUUCGCGUUCAUACCUUCUCCCAUACUGUUUGGAUUCAUUCUGGAUAAAACCUGCCUGGUUUGGGGAAAGACGUGUUCAGGUACAGGAAAUUGUUGGCUCUACAACGGCGAGACCCUGAGAUAUCUAUUGAACUUUACAGCAGCCAGCUUCGUAACGGUGGGCACGCUUUUCGACGUGGGCGUCUGGUAUUUCGUGAAAGACGUGAAGAUCUUCGACGAGGAGAUCGAGCUGAAAGACAUAGCCGAGGAACCCGGGGAGACGCUUUGAAGGGGAGCCGUUAAACGAUCCAGUCAGAUCGCUUCGUUUCCGUGAUGGUGGCGUAAAGGCUCGAACAGCGAAAUCGUUGGUGAAUAGAAAAAAAGGAUGAAGAGAGAAAGAGAGCGCGCGCACGAAAGAAUUAAAAAGAGAGAGGAAGAGAGAGAGAGAGAAAUUGCGACGAGAACAGUGAUGAAAGAGAGAAAGAGAGAGGAAGAGAGCCGACGAAUAAAGACUUUACAAGUACCUUAAGCAUUUUCCUAGAUAUUUAAAAACUCGUAGUACCUCGGAUAGAACUUGUCGUUGGUCGAGUUCGUCCACGAGACACAGCAUUCGAGACGAAACAAGAACGAGGGGUUACGGACUCCUAUGGUCCCCGUGUUCUUGUCAUUGCCAAUGAUAAUCCUUGUCGCUCGCGGAGGCCCGGAAACCGUUUAUACAAACUGUACGGAAAAUAUUCGUGUAUCGGAAGAGGAUUCGCAGUGAUUCGGGCAUUUUCGAAUGUUUCGUUCGCGAUUGUACAUAGAGGAACCGUGACGCGGGGAAGAGAAUUUCGAUGGAUGUCCCGGCGAAGGGAUUCGUUCUCAUUUGAUGUUGGUACACGUGGCGUUUCGCGGGUCGCACUCGUAAUUAGCGUAAGGAAACUGGAUAACAAUUGUGAUCAGCGUUAUGACACACAUUGUGUACCGAAGAUACAAACCUGCCAAAGGAUUUUGGAAAUAAAACUGUAGUGACUGUAGACGAGAGAUUCGAGUUGUUCAUUGAAGGGGAAAGAGAUCGAGGGGUGCGCUGACUGUUCGACCUGAGUUGGAUUUUUAUGCAAAGUAUAAAUUAAUUCUUCUAUCGUUCCUCUGUAAUAAAAAUGUUUUUCUUCAAACGUU